CCAAUAUAAAACGUUUUCAAAAUAAAAUCGUAAAAUCAUGCCAUAUGAUAAUUUGGAAAAUGAAACUAUUGCGAUAAGUUUGUUGGGAAGUGAAAUUUGGCGAAAGGUAUUUUGGCCAAACGGAAGUACACCUAUUAGAAUGUAUCCGAUGCGGAGAGUGAACGACUCGGUGCUCUGGUUCAUGAAUGAGCUGACAUCCAGGGUAGUCGCGGAGUCAGGGAUCCCCACCGACAUCUACCAUCUUGGGAAAAUCCUGCUGCGGAGUCUCAAGGAUGAUCCGGAUUUUGUGUUGCAAAUUGAUGGUGCGACGGGUGAACAGGAGACCACUGGUUCAGUCUUAGAAAGGUCGGUGCGCUGCGCCAUCGCUCUCAAGAAGCUGGGCCUUCAGCGUGGUGACGCCAUUAUUCUCAUGGCUCCAAACCACCUCGACCUGGCCAUACCGUUCUAUGCGGCCCUUUAUCUAGGGGUCAUUGUGGCUCCUAUUGACAGGACAUUGGGUGUUAAUGAACUCCACGGCACCUUUGAAGCAAUCAGACCGAAGACGAUCUUUUGUCAGAGCAACCGAGCCCUAGACGUGGAACUGGCCCUCAAAGAAAUGGACGAGCAAGCCUUCAUAGUCACCUUUGACACUGGCAGUUCUCUGUGUAGCUUCAAACAAUUUUUAGAGACUUACGGGGAUAAAAGUUCUGUCGAUGAGUUCAAGCCAACAGACUUCGACCCUGAGGACACCAUAGCUCUACUAAUCUCCACCAGCGGGACCACUGGACUACCCAAAAGCGCUGCUGCAACUCAAAAGAAUUUAGUUAUCUCCAGCCCAUACAUAUGGACUCGACACACCCAAUUCCCACACCCCACGAAGAUGGCGUUCAUCGUAUCGCCACUGCAGUGGGUGACGGCGAUAUUGAUGUUUCUAAUGUCUCCGAUAGUGCGGUUCACGAGGCUGCAGACGUCGCAGGCUGUAACGCCGCAGCACGCGUGUCACCUCAUCAAUACUUAUAAACCAACCUAUAAAAUAGUAAACCCACUGUUUAUGAACAGCCUCCUAAGAUCGGAGGGAGGCCUACAUUGCGACAUUAGCUGUUUCGAGACGAUCAUUGUAGGAGGAAGCGCUGUCACAGCCGAUUUCAUACAAAAGAUUAAGAAAAUAACACCCAACACAGAGGUACUGAACGGACUUGGGAUGAGCGAGACGACAACAAUAGUGUUCAUAAGUGAGGGUCUAAACCCCGGCUCUGCCACCGUUGGGAAGCCCAUAGGGUGUUUGCAGUACAGGUUGAUAGACACUGAGACCCAACAGGACAUUUACGAACCAAAUAAAAACGGGGAGUUAUGGGUCAAAGGUCCUGGUGUUGUAAAGGGCUACUACAGAAACCCUGAGGCGACAGCAGAGGCGUUCACCGAAGACCGUUGGUUCAAGACGGGUGACAUGUACUACAGGGAUGAAAACUAUAACUUUUUCUUCGUGGAACGUAUUAAACUGCUGCUUAAGUAUAUGAAUCAUCAGAUUUCCCCAAUGGAGCUAGAGGCGUUAAUCCGCCAACAUCCUGGAGUGCAAGAAGUGGCUGUGACUGGUAUACCGGACCCGAAGUGUGGAGAGUUACCGGUCGCUUGUGUGGUGCGGCGGCCUGAUGGACGCGUUACUGCUGACGAGAUCAAACAACUGGUCAAAGAAAAUCUAGCAGACACAAAACAGUUAAGAGGAGGCGUAAUAUUUUUGGACACAAUCCCACAAACACCAACAGCGAAGGUCCAUCAGAAAAAGCUCAAAGUAAUAGCAAUGCAAUGUUAUGCCAAUGGCAGCUAACUAACCUAAAAGUAUAUCGUUUAUCAUUCAAUAUAAGUAAUUCAAUAUAGAGAUGGGCCGAAUAUGGAGUUUGCCGAGUAGAAGCUGACGAGCCGCCGAGUUUCCUCUGCGAACGGAAGUCGCGGAACAAACUAAAAUCGAACCAAGCUAAAUCUGGCAUUUGCUAUAAGUAGUGAGAAAAUGUCAUAAUUAGACAUCAAAUUAUAUACCAUAUAUAUAUAGUCCAUAUAUAAUCAAAUUUCUAUGAAAAUAUGACGUAUAUAAUAUCACUUCCAAACUUCGUGCUACUUCGUGCCAUCAAAGUCGGUGCAGAGUUGGCUUAGACGGACUCUUAACUACUUUUAUAAUCUGGCAAACAGUGGCAAAGCAAUCUUGUCUCAACCAACUUCAUUCUUCUU